AUGAGUUCACGGGAUCUCCAAGACCACAUUCUUCAUGGGAUUGAAAGUAUAGCAGAAAUUUCCCGCUGGAACACGCAGCAACGCUUCGCCGCUCUUCUGGCUCUGUAUGACGAUACCUUUAAUGUCAAGAUUACCGUAAUCAAGUCGGACCGAGUACAAGGCCGCGCAGUAUUUAUGGUUGGAGCAUGCACACUUGCAGAGGAGGAAUAUAAUCGCCAAGGCGAGCUGCUCAUGGUGUCGCCAGAAUGGCCCUCAAUUUCGAUCCUCGAUGCCCAUUGUUCCUCUACAACAGGGCUCCGACAAACGGUUUCAGACCUCGUAGCCUGCAGCAAAGAGGACCCUGGGCGCUUUUUUUCUUGCGGAUAUGAUGGCUUGAUCAAGCUUUGGAAAGUCGAUGAAGACCAAGUUCAUCUGUUGGAUACAUGGAAGGGACAUCGCGAUCGCGUUCACUCGAUUGCAAGGCAUGUAUCCGAUUUGAUUUUGGCGAGUGCCUCUCAGGAUGGCUCUGUACUGCUGUGGCCAUAUCAGCGAGGCUCCCGGACAUCAGCACGCCCAUCUCCGCUUUUCCGCGCCAGUCCUCGACAGGGAAUUCCAGAUCUCGUGCAAUGGGGCGAGAGCAAGCAAACAGAAAAUUUAUUGUUUUCGCUCACGUCAUACUCGCCCGCUGGCGAAAAGGGCCAAGUGAGUAUCUGGGAUGGAAUUGUAAUGCAGCGGCUCGCAACGCUUCAGCCGCCUGCGGGAGGCCUUUCUGCAAUGGCCGCUGCUCCAGAUGGCUCGCUAUUAGCUCUCGGAGGUGGAACAACCUCCAUGAUCAGUGACGAAAUCUGCGGUGACGGCGUGCUCCGUUGCUACGAUCUGCGCAGCAUGCCCAUGCUUGGGUCCUGCGUUGGCUCCUCGAAAUCGUCGUGCGCAUUCAAGAUUUCAACCGGCCACAUCGAUACAGACAGCAUCAUUUUCUCUCCAGAUUCACAGCUAAUCAUCAGUUGCCAGGGUCAUGCCCAGGGCUCUGAGCUCAAAGUGUACGAUAUAAGAAUGGAUCGGCGCCAACUGCAUGUUCUUGUGCACGAGGCAUGCACGUCAAAAGCUCAAAAUUCACCUAAAGCCUCGUGCAUAUCAGCAGUCUCGGCAUCCUCAACUACUAUACAUCCACCAAUAGAAGUGCCAGGAUCUGUAGUUGCUUCGAGCUGGCGACCUGAUGGCACUCUGGUCACCGGCGGUGCCGAUGCAUUUCUUCGGUUUUGGGACCUGACUCUUGCAGAUCCAGAACAGAGAGGGCUCCAAUUGCAGACAGAUGCACCAAUUUCAGCGAUAUCACUUGGGCCUAAUUUGGACGACACCAUUUUGCUUGCUGGCACAGAGUCAGGAACAUUAUACAUAUGGAGCGCAUCCAGGGCAAUCGUAUCCAGGAUGCGGGAGAAAAUGGGCGCCCCCGGCGAGGGAAAUCUUUUAUCUUGCUGA